GGGGGGGAGGUCAGCUUUCCUCCUCGCCUAUUACCUUUGAAUAAUGACUACAGUCUGGCUAUAAAAUACCUGGAUACUGAGGAUUUGUCCACCCGAUCGUGUAAAGUCACAGCUUGUACCCAACUGUUCUUUCAGCUAUUCUCUGUUUGUCCACCCGAUCGUGUAAACUCACAGCUUGUCCCGACUGUUCUUUCAGCUGUUCUCUGGAGCAAGGUCAGGGUUUUCACUCCUUUCCAGUUCAACAAAUGAUGUCCGAAGCUCCCAACAUGGCGGUGACGACUGACCAGCAGAUGCCAGCAGAAGCUCCUGCCCAGGAACCUGAACCUGUACCAGAGGCUCCAAAGAGAAGGAAAAGAAAAACCAGAGCAUCAGAACCCCAGGACCCCGUGGAACCCAAAAAACCUGCUGAGUCAAAAAGAUCUGGCAAGUCCACAAAGUCAAAAGAGAAGCAAGAGAAGAUCACAGACACAUUUAAAGUGAAGAGAAAAGUGGACCGCUUCAACGGGGUUUCUGAAGCCGAGCUGCUGACCAAGACGCUGCCUGACAUCUUGACCUUCAAUCUGGACAUUGUGAUCAUUGGCAUCAACCCAGGACUGAUGGCUGCGUACAAAGGGCACCACUACCCUGGGCCUGGGAACCAUUUCUGGAAGUGUCUGUUCAUGUCAGGACUGAGUGAGGUUCAGCUGAACCACAUGGAUGACCACACCCUACCCGGGAAGUAUGGCAUUGGGUUCACCAACAUGGUGGAGAGGACGACGCCAGGCAGCAAGGAUCUGUCCAGUAAGGAAUUCCGGGAAGGAGGACGAAUCUUAGUGCAGAAACUGCAGAAAUACCAGCCACGAAUAGCGGUGUUUAAUGGAAAAUGUAUUUAUGAAAUUUUCAGUAAGGAAGUUUUUGGAGUAAAGGUUAAGAACUUAGAAUUUGGGCUUCAGCCCCACAAGAUCCCAGACACAGAAACCCUCUGCUACGUCAUGCCGUCCUCCAGUGCCAGGUGUGCGCAGUUCCCGCGCGCUCAGGACAAGGUGCACUACUACAUUAAGCUGAAGGACCUGAGAGACCAGCUGAAGGGCAUCGAGCGGAACACGGACAUUCAGGAGGUCCAGUACACGUUUGACCUGCAGCUUGCACAAGAGGAUGCGAAGAAGAUGGCUGUCAAGGAAGAGAAGUAUGACCCGGGCUACGAGGCAGCGUACGGCAGUGCGUACAGCGGAAACCCCUGUGAUAGUGAACCCUGCAGCCUUCCUUCCAAUGGGCUAACAGCCAACAGUGCAGAGCUGAGAGGAGAAGCAGCUCCCGGCGACAUUCCAAAUGGGCAGUGGAUGGCACAGCCAUUCACAGACUGUGGGACACAAGAGCAGGAAGCAAGCCAUGCUUGAUGGCAGUGCUUCUCAGCUCUGCCUGGUGCUGCAGUUUUAAUGCAGUCGGCAGGGCCUAGAGCCUCGGUCUCCUGAAGACUUAGAAUAGUUCCUUACGCUAGGGUGUAAUUCUGUGUGGAGCAGCUGUAUGGACGGUAGAGUCAACUAACUGUAUGAGCCUAUGUAGUUUGGAAGGAAAGAAUGGGCUGUUUUGUACCUGAGUUUUGUAUUUGAAUUACCCAUCAUUCCAGCUUUUUAUAUACUAUAUUUCAUUUAUGAAGAAAUGGGUUUUCUUUGGGAAGUCAGUUUGAUGUAAUUUUAAAACCCAAUAGUCUGAAUAUUUAUAGCUGAUUCUUGACUGUGCAUACCUGUGUAUGCCCUUAUCCCUUUAAAGCCUCAGAAGGGCAUGCUAGUAAGAAUCAGAGUAGGAAAAGGCAGAUGUGCUGAUACCCACGUAAGAAGCUAACCCACCCCCGGUGGAGUCUGGCUAGUUUCGGGAGCCGGGGUUGUAGUCACUCUCUACAAAUGGUGUGUAUGGCAGUUGCUUAGUAUUAGAAACAGAGUGUAGCCUGGCCGUGGGGCCUGAGCCCUGCCUUUGGCCUCUCACUCCUGGGUGCUGGUCCUCUGAGAGGCAGAAACUGUUUGCUGAGCUGAGAGUUCCUGAGAACACAGUAGACCUUUUACAGUUUGCCGAUUGUGUAUUUUACUGAAUUUCCCCAUCAGUGUUUAUCGCUCUUCUGAUUUUAUCCGUGAUAAGAAAUGAACUUUCAGGGUGAGCAACACGGUGCUGGAGGUCUUUGAUAAUUCUUUUUAAACUGGUGCUAUGUGUACAUGGGAUGUACUAAGAUUUUAGUCAAUGAUUUAAAAAUUACUGUCACUGCAUGUUACUGUGGACUAAGUGAACCUCAUGAAAAGGCUGACUUCCAACUUGUUUCCUUUUGUAAAUGUGUUUACACCACCUCUACUUUAGUCCAAAGCUCUUUUUCUACCAUAACUCUGGGCCAUAAUUUGUGGAGUGUCUGUCCUCUGUGUACUGUUGUACCCCUGUGGUCUGUUGUGCAUUUUCUAUGGUGCUACAAAUCGUCUAGCCCGAUAGGGCUGGUGGAUAUAAAACUGCGUAUUCAGAAAUGCCUCUUGCAUUCAUCCUGAUCGCUUAUGAAUAUUCUGACUUGAUGCGUACGUACCCAAGGAGCACGCUGGUUUGCAGUAUGAAAUGUCCGUGAGCUUUUAUUAUAUUCCACAGUCCGUCUUUCUAUUAAUAAGAGAAGCAGUUUCUUGUGAAUCAUAACAUGCCUUUUAGCUGUAGCAAUGAUGGGUUUUAUUUUUUCUUAAGUCUUGAUCAAGCUGUGUAUGAGUCAUGUUAUUUAUUUUUUUCACAAAUAAAGAUUUAUGACAAUCAUAAGCGUUACACACAGCUCAGAAUCGUCCUGUGGCAGAGCAGAGAACUCAAGGCUCUGCUAGCUGCUCUCCUCUCUUCCUUUCAGCCAGGAAGACUCAAGUCUGACAGAGGUGGUGGCCUGGACAGCUGCAGUUCUGUUUCUCAGACUGGUACCAGGGUCAAACCCAGGUGAGGUGUAGCACACCCUCUGCCCUAUGGCUCUUAUCUAACAAGUAGGAAGAGCCAAGGAAUUUGGUUUAAAACUGAGCGACAGUUGGCAAUUACAUGAAAUGACCUGAACAAGGCUCCUCUAAGCUAAGGCAUGUUUUUAACCUUGAUAAAAUAGUGACCCUAACCAAAUCAGAAGGUGGUUAGAUUUUUCCAGACAAUGAAUGCAGAGGUGACCUCUCCAGCCCCCUCUUUCCUGUGAGCUGUAUCUCACUCCUACUCUCAGGCCAGGCUUCUGCUCUGGCUUGCUGCACGAGGGAACCGCGUCUGUCCCAGAAAGGACGCAGAUUGUCUCUCAGAACUAGCAGGACCUUGACAUGGGAAACCUAGGCGAGAACCCCAAGGACAGGUCUCAAAAAAGCAGAGUUGGACAGGACAGUAGGUGAAAGCCUCUUUAGUUUUGAGCUUUAGGGCGAGAAUGUAUUUUCAGAGCAAUAACACACAGAGAACAGAUACUCCACAAAUUAUGAAUGAAGUUACGGGAGAAGACGAGCUUUUGACUAAAGAGGAGGUGGUGAACACAUUCACAAAAGAAAACAAGUCGGAAGUCAAGGAAUCGGCAGCAUCUCUGGGCUUUAGUCUGAACCAGGUUUCUGCGAGCUUCCAGAACCUUUGCUUUCCUCUCCUGGCAAUCUUGCUUAUGCUUCUUGCGUUGUUCUUCCCUGGUGUGGACAUGGCUGUUUGUAAGUUCUCCCGUGGAAGCUACACUGCUCGUGAACUCUGCUCGCACACUCCUUCAGAUCGCCCCAAGGUUUCAGCUUUCCCCCGUGUGGCUUGUAGUUGAGGGGACGAGACAAGCCUGCCUGGAGAUCAAACGCGGGUUUCUUACUAGAGCCUAGAGUCUGGUGCUUCAGCGUCAGCUUGACUGGGGUAGUAACUGCAGUAGAAUUCCUCUCUGUGUUCCAACUUAGGGGCCCUGAACACAGCCUGGCCUUUCGAGGCACUCCCAGGCGGGGUCACGUAGAGACUGUUGUUCUGAGGUCUUAGAGUGGUGUCACUUCUUUCCUGGGAAUGACCCUGGAAGUUAGAAGCUCCAUGGACUGUCUUGUGCCUCUUUCUUGCUUUGGUGACAUAACUGGUUCCUUCAUUUGCUCCUCUCAGUUAAUUUGUAUCUCUGUCUCAGCACAGGAGACUGCAGAAGACUGAUUCUCAUGCUGAUUUUUACUCCCCCCCCCCCCCCCCCCCCCCCGUUUCUGGAAUCAGGUGGGCUUUCAAGGCUCUUAACUUGUCUGCCCUCAGGGUAGCCCAGAGGCCCAGCCUUUUGGCUAAAUUUUGCAGGUCACUGUACUUGAAGGAGUCCAGCUCCUCUGCAGAGGGGCCAGUCAUCACGUUCUGCAAUCCCGGCGUCGCUCAGAAAAACAGCCAGACUACUCAAACAGCACCGUUCAAAACUGGCGGCUGAGUCAUGUGACGCAAAGAUGUUCUGCACUGCUGUUUACGUGGACACUUUGUGCAGGUGCUCUCAAGUGCCUUGCGUCAGGGAUCAGGAUCAACUGAGUCACUGUUUUCAUGGGACGUAAAGCAUGGACUAUGAAUUGCUUCGGUAAUAACUGUUGUAGCUUUACCAUAGGCUUCCUUGUAUAGAGAAGUCCCUUUAAAUUAUGACUGGAGAAUGGGUGAGGGAUGAGUAGUAAAUGCGGAUGUCUCCUGCACAUGGCAGCAUGGGAGUUUUUCACUAAUGAGACUUUAAAUUCACAUGAAGUCUUCAUGGCUUGACAAUAAAUGUUAAGAACGGCCACACUUAAGGUGCAGACUUUCCUGUAGCAAGACUCAAUGGUGUUCUUCCUUGCUUUAGGCCUCUGUUGUAUUUAACUGGUAGAGUGAUGCAUGAGAAAAAUCAUAAAAACUUGAAUAUUUUA